AAGCACCUCGGGGGAGCCUGAGGGCCACCAGCAUCCAAUGCCAGGCAUUGCUGAGGGGUGCUGAGUGGGUACAGCCAAGUGGAGCUGCUUUCGUGACCUUCUCCCAGCUCUCAAGAUGAUGAAGAGGCAGUUCAAUCGGAUGCGGCAGCAGCUGUCCCAUCCCAGCACCAACAGCCGAUCUCAAGAAGCAACCGAGCUCCUGCCGGAAGAUUUGCUGCAGAUCGAGCAGAGGAUUGAUCCAGCCAAGCGAGCAGCUCACAGUGUGUCCAAGAGGCUCCAAGCCUGCCUGCAGGGACAGUGUGGCUCUGAGAUGGACAAGCGAGUGAAGAAGAUGCCCUUGAUGGCUCUGUCCAUGACGAUGGCUGAGAGCUUCAAGGAACUGGACACAGAAUCUAGCCUUGGGAAAGCCUUGGAGAUGGGCUGCUGCAUACAGAGCUCGCUGGCCAAAAUCCUGGCUGAGUUCGAGAUCACCCUAGAGCAUGAUGUCCUGCAGCCACUCAACAAGCUCAGCGAAGAGGAGCUUCCCAUCAUCCUGAAGCGCAAGAAAACCCUCCAGAAGUUGAUCUCUGACUGGAACACCAUCAAGAGCCGGCUGAACCAAGCUGCCAAGAACUCCAGUAAUAGCUCUGGUGCUGGCACUGGCCCUGGGGCAUCUUCUGCUGCCAACAAACUGGAGAUCUUGAAGGAAGAGGAGGAAGAGGUGAAGAGAAAGGUGGAGCAAUGCAAGGACGAGUACAUGGCUGACCUCUACCACUUCUCCACCAAAGAGGACAGCUACGCCAGCUACUUCAUCAGACUGCUGGAAAUCCAAGCCCAGUACCACCGGCAGUCCUUGGGAUCGCUGGACUCAGCUCUGGCAGAGCUGAAGGAAAGCCACAGUCAGACAGAGCCCUCCUUCACUGCAGACACCCCCGUGGCAGGAUACUAUGGCGUGCCCUUAGAGACACACCUCAAGAGCUUGGGGCGGGAGAUCGCGCUGCCCAUUGAAGCCUGUGUCAUGAUGCUGCUGGCCUCUGGCAUGAGGGAGGAGGGACUCUUCCGGCUGGCAGCAGGUGCCUCAGUGCUGAAGAAGCUGAAGAGCAGCUUGGCCAGUGGCUCCAAUGCCCUGGAGGAGUUUUACUCAGACCCCCAUGCCGUGGCUGGUGCACUGAAAUCCUACCUGAGGGAGCUGCCCCAACCCUUGAUGACCUUCGAGCUCUACAAUGAAUGGGUCAAAGUGGCCAGCUUAAAGGACACCGAUGAACGUGUACAAAGCCUGCAAGACACCUGCAGCCGCCUGCCCCAGGAGAGCUACAACAAUCUGAGGUAUCUGAUCAAGUUUUUAGCCAAGCUGGCUGAACACCAAGAGUUGAAUAAAAUGACCCCCAGCAACAUCGCCAUCGUGUUGGGCCCCAACCUCCUGUGGACACAGCAGAGCAAUGAAGACCCUGUGCAACUGGACUUGGCCUCAGUCUCCUCCAUCCAAGUGGUGAGCGUGGUAGAAGCCCUCAUCCAGAAUGCAGACACACUCUUCCCUGGAGAAGUAGAUUUCAACGUCUCAGGCAUGUUCACUCCGCCCACAACCACCCGGCUUGGUGAGGCUGCUCUGAUGGAAGAGUCAUCCCCCAAUCACCCUCCAGCAGGCACCCCCAUUCUCCCAGAUGGAGAGCUCACUUCGAGGGACCUUGAGGCCAGGCCCCAGCCAGCAUCCCCAUCAGUGACCAGAUCCUCUCCAGAAGUCGAGGGGGCACCAGCUCUGCAGAUGACCAACGACACCACCUGCAAAGGCAAGCGCCCAGUUCCAGUGCGUCCCACCAUGCCCCCACCACCCACGGCCCAGCCCCGGAGCACAGCUCCCGCCCCAGCAGCCCCUGAGCGCGCUGCCAGCCCCAAAGCCCGGCCACGACGGACAACGGGGGUGCCCGGCAAAGCCCCCUCUGUCCCACCACCUCUCCCUCCGCAGCCAGCACGCCGCCUCAGCCGGGACACCCCGCCAUCCCCUCGGCUGCCCGCCGGUGAGGCCCAGACGGCAGCUGCCAUGGACUGUGCCCCUCGAGACACGGAGGAGGGGCAGCCACUGCCUGUGGGCAGAAGGAGCCCCCCAGCCACAUUUCCCCCAGGACAGCCCACGGAGGACUGAGGAGGCCGGGACACAGGGGCAUCAAAAGGACAGGAGAUGGGGUCCAGCACUCCUCUGGGACUGUGGAAACGCCGGGGUGGUCGGAGGAACAGCGUCUCCCUGCAGCUCCGCCAUCUUCCUCCCUUGGCUCGUGUCGCACCUGCCUCCCCUCGCUCUUCCAUCUUCCCAGGGCCUUCCACCCGGCACCAAUAGCGCCCUUCCACCCAGCUGAGCUUCUGGCCAUGCCAUCACUGGGGCACCACUAUCAUGGGGCACCCUGAUCAUGGGUGAGCCAUCCCCUUGGGUCCCCAUGGGGGGACAGAAGGGGCAGAGAAGGGGGGCAGAGAAUGGAAGCCAGUGCGGGCAAGCUGGCGCUGCAGGGCCAUUUGUGGGCACACAGCUGCCA